AUGGAUGCUUACUACGCAGAAAUCUGCAAACUUGAGGUCCACUUCAAUGGUCUUGAGUUCCACCAUGUCCCCAAGGAACACAACAUUGCUGCCAACGUCCUAUCCAAUCUUGGCUCCAAGAAUGCACAAGUCCCGGUUGACGUCUUCAUACCAGAUCUCCAGAAACCUUCCAUCAAGAUUCUAGACCCAAACCAGGUCAACAACAGUACUGAGGCUCUAGCCGACCCAACUCCCACUGACAUCAUGAUGAUCGAGGUAGAAGAAGACUGGUGCGCUCUAUUCAUAGCCUUGAUCAUUGAUCAGCUGGCGCCAGAAGACAAGAUAGAAUAUGAGAAACUAGCAUGA